UACGCGCUGGGCAUUUCAGUACCCGCCAGGCUGGUCCCGAGCCAAGUGACCUACCUUGAAUGCCAUCUCCUCUGAACGUCGUUAUUGUACAUUAAGCGCGCUGAGAUUUUUUACUGCGUGCACAACUGCACAACCCGCAAGCGCUUGAAAUACUUUUUACUACAAAAAUCAACUUCCCAGCCCGCUAGUAGCCGCCCGAGUAUUAUUGCUCCUAGUAUUACUAUUAAAGCCACAAUCAUUUGAUCAAGUAUUUAUCAACCUCUGACCUCACUAUGACCACUGUUCCAUCUGCAAGUCAGUGGGGAUCCCCUACUGCAAACAAGAGAGCACUCCUUAUACACGGUUUAAAUUCGUCUUCGCACACUUUCCACCGUGUUGCAUCGGCGCUUGCAGCCAAAGAAUACUUGGUGGUUGCUCCAAAUCUUCUUGGACAUGCUCUCAGGAACAUUGGAGUUGACUUCAAAGUCCAGACACUGGCAGAUGACCUCUUGCCGUACCUUCAAGCUGCCGAGUAUGAUAUCGUCAUCGGCCACUCAGUGGGUGCACUCGUGGUACUAUCGCUUCUCAAGUACCUGCCAAAAACUAAACCUACUUCGGUGGUUCUUAUCGACCCAUCGCUGGAAAUAACUGCAGAGCAGAUGGUGAAUGGGAGAGUCAGGUUUUCCACCGAUGUCAGAACCAACCCCACUGCAGAAGAUUAUAUAGCAUUGAAUCCUCUAUGGACGAGAGAAGAUGCUAUCUGGAGAGUGUUAGGGACCCAGAUUGGAAGAUCAACCAACUCCGAUGAUCACAUCGAUUUUGAACUGCUUCAGGGUAACGUGCCGUGGUCAUUUUCGCAUCUGAUCGCCGACAAGCCCGCUGCUGCCGCAUUGACGAUUCUGGUUGGCGAACCUUCCAAGCUCGAGUCCAUUGCAAAAUUCAAAUAUGUUAGAACGGUGCUCUUUUCAAAUGCCUCGCACUGGAUUCAGCAUGAAUUCCCAGAACUCACUACGACUACCAUGACCACUGUCCCGUCUGCAAGUCAGUGGGGAUCCCCUACUGCAAAUAGGAGAGCAUUCCUCAUACAUGGUUUGGAUUCGUCUUCGCACACGUUCCACCGAUAUUUGGUCAUUGCUCCGAAUCUUCUUGGACAUGCUCUCAGAAAGCCUGGAGUUGACUUCAAAGUCCAGACACUGGCAGAUGACCUCUUGCCAUACCUUCAAGCUGCCGAGUAUGAUAUCGUCAUUGGCCACUCAAUGGGCGCGCUCGUGGUACUAUCGCUUCUCAAGUACCUGCCAAAAACUAAACCUACUUCGGUGGUUCUUAUCGACCCAUCUCUGGAAAUAGCUGCAGAGCAGAUGGUGGAUUGGAAAGCCAAGCUUUCCGACCAUAGCAGAACUAACCUCACCGCAGAAGAUUAUAUGGCAUUGAAUCCUCUAUGGACGAGAGAAGAUGCUAUCUGGAGAGUGUUAGGGACCCAGAUUGGAAGAUCAACCAACUCCGAUGAUCACAUCGAUUUUGAACUGCUUCAGGGUAACGUGCCGUGGUCAUUUUCGCAUCUGAUCGCCGACAAGCCUGCUGCCGCUGCAUUGACGGUUCUGAUUGAAGAUCUGCGAUUUAAUGGCGCUUUGAAGCUGGAAACUGUCGCAAAACUUAAAGACAUCAGAGCCGUAAUUGUUCCGAAUGCCUCGCACUGGAUACAGUAUGAAUUCCCCGAAGUGAUUGUUGAAGAGGCGCUAAGGAAUAUUGAAGGAUAA